AUAGUCUCGCUCAUCUGGCAUAAGAAGCAGAUCCAUUUUUCUCCGUCGACGAACAAGCAUUGCACACCCGGUCGAGCUUGCCGUCCACCGCUGUCGGCCCUGCGUGGUUGUUCCCGGGGAAGGACUGAAGAAGGUUCGAACAUUAGGGGUUUGUCUUCUCCCUCUUCCUUGAACAAGCCUUUAAAGAGGAUUGAGAAAGAUGAACCAUAACCCACAAUCAAGUGAAGGCAGGCAUGAUGACGAUGCUGCACUAUCAGAAUUUCUAGCUUCUUUAAUGGAUUACACUCCUACAAUACCAGAUGAAUUGGUGGAGCAUUACUUAGCUAAGAGUGGCUUUCAAUGUCCUGAUGUUCGAUUAACUAGACUUGUAGCUGUUGCUACCCAGAAGUUUGUAGCUGAAGUUGCCAAUGACGCCCUACAGCACUGCAAAGCAAGGCAGGCAACAAUUCCAAAGGACAAAAAGGAUAAGCAACAGAAGGAUAAGCGCCUAACGCUGACAAUGGAGGACCUAUCAAAGGCCCUGCGUGAGUAUGGAGUAAAUGUAAGGCACCAAGAAUAUUUUGCUGAUAGCCCUUCAGCUGGAAUGGAUCCUGCUACACGAGAUGAAUGAGCCAUUAAUUGUCUGUAACAAAUCUUCAAGGGUUCUUGCUUGCUCAUAGUUUAGUAAAUACUGACAUUUGGUAAGGUGGAUUUGAGUCUAAAGUCGAUGAAUUUAGUGGAAUAGUUUCAAUUUCUGAAUGCUUGAUUUAUGAACAAAAGAUAUUACUACCUUCGAUCCUUAAAAUAAAAACUGAUUGAUUAA